AUGGUAUCGUCGCGUAUUGAUAGAAUAGAACAAAAUAAAGUUUAUGUCCAUUUUAUUGAUUCUGGUAAUUGUGAAAUAAUUACUGAUUCAUCAUGUUUAACAAAAUCACCGUCGAAUUUCAUACAGUUAGCAACACAAGUACGUGAAUUCGAAUUAGUCUAUAUAAAACCGUCAAUCAAUGAGGAUGAUCGACAAAAAGUAAAACGUGUUUUGAACGAUAAAAUUAAUAAUGAAGAAUAUUUAUUGAACAUUGAAUAUCGUUAUCAAGAUGUUAAGUAUAUCUCAUUGUAUAACGAAGGCACAAAAGAUAAUUUAGCUAAAUUGGUAAUUAAAUAUGGUCUCAUUAUGGUCAAUCAAGUAAAACGGCAACAAAAACAGUAA